ACAACUCGCUUCCACCACUCCGCUCCGGCCAGACACAGUGCACUAGCAAGGCAGCCGGGGAUAAAAAAAAAAAACCUGGACCAGAUCUGGUGGAAGUUCAAUCGGGCAUGCGCACUGCACGCAUGCAAUCUCCCGCUCUUUUUUUAUUACCCACUACACACGCGGCGCGAUCGACGGUGCACACGGUGAGCUUUAGGAUCCUGCAUUCGGCUGCACGUACUGCGCGUGUGUUAUUUGCGAGGUAGGCCCGCUAUGAUUUAAUAGUCAGAUUCAUACUAUGAGGUGGUGUGGCGAACGCUCUUAACCACCGUUCAGACCCUAAUCAUGGCUGGCUUCAGCGCACAGUUACUUGUGACGGCAUUUGUGGAAUUAUGGAGUAUUUUUUUCUUGUUUGUUUAUGGCUUGGACGUUGGGAAUUGCAGUGGAAUGGAGUAUCAGACCACUAUGAGCGCCAAUAUAUCUGCUGCUAUCAAGGAAAUGACGAAUGGUUACGACAUCAGGCUUCGGCCGCGUUUCGGAGGUCCUUCCAUUAAUAUUGGGAUCGACAUCGAGGUCAUAUCUAUUAACAGUAUUUCUGAGGUGAACAUGGACUACACAAUUUCUAUGUACCUGCGCCAACACUGGAAAGACGAGAGGCUACAGUAUAACUGCCCACUAGGCAAUCUCUCAUUGGAUGGCAGGGUGGCUGACGUCAUCUGGGUGCCAGAUACAUAUCUGGCCAAUGACAAAAACUCCUUUGUGCAUGAUGUCACCGUUAAAAAUAGACUCCUGCAGCUACGCUGCGAUGGCAGCGUUAUAUACGGAAUGAGGAUUACCACUGUGGCAUCGUGUAUGAUGGACCUGCGACAGUACCCUAUGGACCAACAGAAUUGCACCUUAGAGUUGGAGAGUUACGGGUACACGCUGGCGGACUUAUCCUAUUCCUGGCAGUUUGGUGCGAAGUCGGUCAUCGGCAUGGAGAAUAUCAACAUCGCCCAGUUCACCAUCACGGAGUGGAAACUGAUCUCCCGGCUGCAGAACUUCUCCACCGGUACGUUCAACACCCGGAAGACAAAACCCGGAGGGUCGUACCCCAGACUCUCUCUGAGCUUCCUUCUGAAGAGAAACAUUGGCUACUUCAUCCUGCAGACUUAUCUCCCGUCCAUCCUACUGACCAUUCUGUCCUGGGUCUCCUUCUGGAUCAACCACGAGGCCACGUCCGCAAGAGUCGCUCUUGGCAUCACGACGGUGUUGACCAUGACCACAAUCAGCACGAGUGUCCGCCAGUCCCUGCCUCGCAUCUCCUACAUCAAGUCCAUCGACAUCUACGUGGUAACCUGCUUUGGCUUCGUCUUCUCCGCCCUGCUGGAGUACGCCUUUGUCAACUUCAACUACUGGUCCAACCACAAGCGCAAAGCCCGGGAAGCCCUCAAGAGCGUCACUGCCAACAAUAACGGGGACAGGAGCGACGACUCAAGCCUGCGGACUAGGAGGUUCCGAGAUGGCACCUACCAACAGGUUAAAAUGCAGUACAACCAGAAUAUCGGUCAACGAUUGUCACAACGGGGUACCAGCGAUGAGACUGAAGCCAUGGUAACGGAAGAGAUUCCUAUGAAUAGGCUCAACGGACUGGAAGGCGACGGCCAUGUUGUGCGGAAACCAUCCUGCACGGGCGGCAAGGUGCGUCGGCGGUCCAGCGGCACCAACUAUCGGCACACCCCGCCUUGGUUUGGCCCCGGCAGCUCUGGCCGGGCACGGAACUCGACCUUCCGGCGGCGGACGGUGCGCGUCCGCCUGCCAGCGGUCCGCAACGUCCACAUCAUAGACACCUAUGCCCGGAUCUUGUUUCCUUGUCUUUUCGUGAUUUUCAAUAUCGUCUACUGGAGUGUGUAUUUGAUGUGGCAACAACAGUGGAAAAACAAUCAGACCUGGACAGAGUGAUAAGCGGGAGGGGGAUAGGUUACCCCAUUUUUUUUCUUCCACGGACCGACAGGACGUGAACUUGAGGUUGAGAUUGCGACUGUUCACGCACAGGAUUUCAAGGGGAAACCAGAGUGGCACAUGUGUGCCAGACUCAGUGAACCCAUGACCCGACCAAGUACCCGACCAAAAUUAAUCGGGUCAAAAAAAAGAAAAUGUCAUGCAGCUACGGAGGGCUGUAAUAAAACUCGAUAGUGACCAUGAACAACAUCGUGGUGCCCAUUAUGUCUGUGAAGAUAAAAUGCUUUUAAAUUUAACUCUUCACUUUCUCUCCAGGGACUCAGAUUAUUAUGGUCAGUUGAGAAAGUGUGCCACAUCUUCUACAAAAAUGAAUGCAUUACUGACAAGUAAACAGUAAAACCAACGUAAACGCUCCUUGGAUGAUGAAUAGAAUGUAUAUGAAAGUACACAGCGAAAACACCGCUACGCCAUUAUGUUCCCCAGCGUACAUGGGUUCACAUGAAACAGUGGACACAAAAUGGCCGUACUACUCCUUCCUUUACCAACAGCUCUACUGCAGUGUAAAUGUUUGGUGAUAUUUCUGAGUGCUAUCAUUAUUUGAUGUUGACCAUUCAAGACGAACAGUGAAUAUCUUCGGGUCACAAAACAUCAACAAACGUCCAUAAAAGUCGACUCAAAAGAUAAAGAAAGUUCAAUGCGAAUUCAAUACAAUUGCCUGUCUAAAUGCAAUUUUAAGUAUAUUUGCAAUACAAAGAAUAUAAUGGUAAAAACGUGUAAAUAACUGUACUAACUAAAAAGUGACAAUACCUACAAGAUGCUACAGUCAGAUUUUAAAAUAACGAAUUUAAAAUCCCGUGCAAACCGACAGUCUUUUUAAAAAUACAAACAAGAACAAAUCAAGCAUUCGACAUAAUUUUUAGUGCUUCGAGAUUGUGGACAGUACCUUUAUACAUUUCAUUUUAAAAAGUGUGAAAUAUUACUUCCAGGUUUUGAAAACAUAAGUAGGUUUUGUAAGUAUAUACUGUCUUUAUAGUAGCUUAUACAGAAAAAUAUGUGGGAAAGUUUAUCGUACAACUGAAUUGCUUUUAAUAUCAAGGAGUUAAAACUGACGUGCGCUUCUUCAUUUCAAGUGCAUUCCUUUAAAAAUGUUGCUGUUUGAAAAGGAUUUAUGCAACUAAACAUUGUCUCUUUCGAACUUUUUUAAGGUCAUGUUCAUUGGUACAAACUAUGAAGUACAUACUUGGAUUGUCCAUUGUCUAUUGGAGAUAACACGAAUGGGAUGCGAAUCUAAAUAGUAUCAAUCUUCCGCUGGCAUUUUUAACGUUGAGAGCAAUGUGUUCAUGUUGAUUUACAUCGAUGUUGUUUUGCUUCCGUUUGCAACAAGCUGAUGUACAGUAAUUGUAAAAAAAAUAUAUAUGUCGAGACAAACAUGUUUGAAGUGACUUGUUCCCAAGACCAAGAAUCGAACGGAUCAUGAACUCCACACUAUUGAAAUUCCGUCCUUUAGAAUUAUUGCACGAAAUGGUACUUCCAACGGCGAAUGAGUUAACCAAAUGCCGUGGUCAAAAAAUGUUAAUUUCUUUACUCGAAAAUGCGCCGCUUCGAGUGAGACGAUCUCUUUUUUCCCAGUCACUGUUCAAAUAGGCCUAUGUGUUCUCCUUUCCAGGAUGUAACCCAUUUCGUAGGGCCAUAGUUUUAUGCCCUGAGGCGGGGUUUUGCUAGAUAUCACUGAGGAACACGGAAAAUGCCGCAUGGAAGAUGGUAAAAUUUUUUCAAGAACGACGAAUGUUUUGUUUCACUCAAUACAAGUAAGUAAUGCGUGAAGUACAAAGGUGUGACCAUCCAAAUUCAAUUUUGAAAAUAUUGUGCGCAACCUGCAAUUUUUCAUGUAACAAACUCAAUAUUCAUGUCAAAGUCAAACAGUUAUGGAACUUUCAUUUCCAGCGUGUUUAACAUGAAUUAAUGUACUUGCUAAAGACAUUGAUGGGAUAAAUGUGUAAAAGUGUAGCUACGUCUAAGAGCAUGAACAUUUUACUCGUGACAAAUCAACAUCUCUAUUUAUAACAACCAAAGAAAAGUUCGGGAAAAUAUCCACUAUAAACUUCCAGUGGAUUUAUUCAAUAAUUAGAUACAGUCUCCCAAACCCCGCGUUCUCCCUGUAGCGUAACCAUUUUGAAAAUUGUUAAAUAAUCAACUGACAUCAAUUUUCCUGCAAAGAAAAAACAAAACCAGAACAGAUGUACCGUGAUAUUUUCAUCACGGCAAAACCUAAUGAAAAAGACUAAAUAAUUAAAUACCACUUUUCCAAGGAGUUGCCUUCAGUGAAAACCAUAAAACGACAGUAUUUUCAAGGUUUUCAGUAAAUAGGCUGGCGGUUUGAAGAGAUAAAUAUUAGGUUUCCCGCCAAAUUUUUCGGGCAACUUUUUAAGACCGAACCGAAAACGGGUUACUUUUUCAAUAUUCUAGAGUAAUAAAGAAAUUAUUUCAAUAUUUCAAACCCGCGAUCGAAUAGAAGUCUUAAGCAUUCAAUUUAGGACUAAAGAUGAAAUGCUUUACCCUAAACCAUUGUCCUUGUUGCCGUUUUAAAUAUAAUUCAUAAUUCCUAAUUUUGAAAGCUUGGUCAUCUAUUUCUCAAAGUUGACUAAGUGACGGACGGACUGGCUGAUAUUUGGACAAAAAACUACGAUCACAUCGGACAGAGGACUUUUUUCUCUAAAUGGUUUGACAAAAUAGACGGACAGAUGGCAACGAGACCGACGGUGGGGUUGAAAUCGUAUGCCUAUACACGAGGUUUCUGUUCUCUUGCAAAGCUUCGUAAGACCCCCAAACAAUCAUUAGUGACCAAACACAGCAAUGAUUCCACAAGAUCGACAGAUGGAAGCUGGAAUCGACUUCAAUGGGCGAACGUAUUCAGAACCUAAAUGUAUUCAGAAUACUAAAACUGACGAACUUGUACGUGCCAUAGAGACAGACCAGAAGGGCUCCAUAAAGACAGACCAGAAGGGAUACAUAAAGACAGACAGCCAGACAACCCUCCCAACGAACAGACAGAUGUAGACGAAAUUGCAGACAGGUUAAAAGUGCGAAAGAGAAACACAAUA